AUGAUUUCUGCUCAGUUACUCAUCUUCUUUUUUGAAUUCCCUCUUCUGAUUUCCUCGUGUGGAUCCGACAUAUCUGGUAUCAAGAAGCAUAGAGUUCCUCCCGAAUCUUCUGGAGACUUUAGGUACAUCCUCAACGUCUGCCGAGUUCGACAUUUCUUUCUUUGCCCCACUAGCCUACACGUAUCCUCCAGAUGACGCCGAUCUCGUUCCCGGACAGUCUCUCACUCUCGCCCUCGCCAACAGCAGAGUCAAGACUGAUUUAGAUUUGGCGGUACGUUAUAGAGAAUCGGUUUGGGUUGAGGACUUUCCCCUUCAGAUUUCGAAAGCACUGAGUGAUAACCGAUUGUAUCUGCCUUCUGCCCCGACGGUGAAUUUCACUUUCACCCCACAAAAAGUUAUGAUCGCCGACGGAGAAGUUUGCCAAACCGAAGGAACGUACAUCGCUGUUUCUGGCACCGUCGUCUACAAAUGCACUUCUGCAGCGAGCGGAUCGACGGUUUCCCCAGGGACCGGAAGCACUCAGGUUCCGACACGACCGUUCUGAUCUGUGCUGACUUUUCUCUAAUUCAGGCGACUUCCGACUCGACGGCCACCACCACUCAAGUUGACACGACGACGAGCGACGAUAAAGUGAGAGAAGAUGUUCGUCACUUUGAUGAUUGUGUUUAUUGGGGCGUACUCGAACACUAUGAUUUCAGAUGGAUCUGAUGAGAGCUCUGCCACGUCAGAGGGCAGUUUCGGGGGUCAAGGCAGCGCCGUUCGUGCAGACUAUGACCGUAACCGCCUCAAUCUCCCAAUCUCUUUUUGAAAGUCAAUGGAAACAAAUCGGAAGAUCCGUUCAGACGGCGCUCGAAUCCAAGAAACUUCUGUUCAAUGACGAGAUCACUGUCAAUCUUCUCUAA